AUGCCGCGCCAACGCCGUCAAGGAAUCGUGUACGACGUUCGAGAGCAGGGCACCGCCCGCCUCAUUUUCGACGAGAAUCGCACCAAAUUCGAGGUAAAUCGAUAAAUGAGCGAGAAAUGAAAAUUGUGUUCAGGGCGUGCUCGAGACGAUCAGCGGCGAAACGAUGAUGGUCCGUGGCCGCGUGACGUCAGCCACCGAGAGCACCUCCGACGGCUCCGUAUUCAUGGACGUGGAUGUUGGUGAGUGAAAUUGGAGGAGAAAGAAAACGAGAAAAAAACUUGAGAGAUUUGCAGUGGACUGUGAGGAAGGGUCUGCGUUUCAUGUGACUGGUGUCAAGGUUCUCGUCGAUGAGCAGUACGCGGCCAUCGAUUCGGCGGCCAUCAAGUUCGAGGCGCUCGACAAACUCAUCGGCAUGAAGUGAGUUGGUAUUUGAAUUCCCGCCAUGCAUCUGUCGAAGGGCCGACUGCGGAUAUUGGCGUAGAGCGCGUUUGCUCGCUCUAGUGCCUAAUCGACCGUUGACGAAAAUUUAAAUUUUAAUUUCUGAUGUACCCGUCACGGCCUCGUGAGAAACGGGUUUGAAACAGGAUUGAUGACAGCUGGAUCUUUUAAACUUUGUACCUUCAGAGCCGCUGUGGAAAUACAACAACACAUCAACCCGCAAUUGGCGGAAGACUCGAAGGAGGUGUUCAUCGGAAACAUGCAGAUCCACCUGCUCACCUCGCACCGCCCUUCGCCUUCGAUCCGCCGCGAAUCCGUCUGCACCGACAACAGCGAUAUCAAGAUUCUGGAGGCGUCCGAUGACUUUUUGUCCUAA